UUCCGGACAUAGCAAAUACGUUCGCUUCCCACACCUCAAAGACUAGACUCUUUUUCUAUCCCAGGCUGUCUCAAGCGUUGGUCUUCUCAGGAGCCGGUCCGAGUCGCUCUGAACGGUGAACCGCUCGGUGUCUCUGUCUCAGGACGUGGACGGGCAGAUGACCACAAUAAUUAAGUGAUGGGCUGUGCAUACUGUAAGCAGCGGAAGGCAGCAAAAGUAGUGGAGAUAGCCGACCCUUCAACAUGUGACUCAGGCACCGGGGCUGUGGGCUUACGGUAUUGCCCCGAACCAACACAGAACCCAGGGGCGGAGCUCAUCCCUAACUUCAACAACUUCCCCAUGUCCUCCACACAACCCUUCUGCCCUGGAACAGCCUUCACCAGCAGCAUCACCCAGCAGCGCGGCACAGCCAUCACAGGUGGGGGCGUGACUCUCUUCAUAGCUCUCUAUGAAUAUGAUGCUCGAACAGAGGACGAUCUUUCCUUUUGCAAAGGAGAGAAAUUCCAUAUUAUUAACAACACGGAAGGUGAUUGGUGGGAAGCCCGUUCCCUGGACACAGGGAAUUCUGGGUAUAUUCCAAGCAACUAUGUGGCUCCAGUGGACUCAAUACAAGCAGAAGAAUGGUAUUUUGGCAAGAUGGGUCGUAAAGAUGCAGAGCGUCAGUUGCUUAGUUCAAACAACCCAAGGGGAACUUUUCUCAUACGAGAAAGUGAGACCACAAAAGGAGCAUACUCACUGUCCAUCCGUGACUGGGAUGAUGGGAAGGGUGAUCAUGUGAAGCACUACAAGAUUAGAAAGUUGGACAAUGGUGGAUAUUACAUCACAACUCGCACGCAGUUCGACACAGUUCAGCAGCUUGUAGAGCAUUACACAGAACGAGCUGCAGGGCUCUGCUGUCGUUUGAUGGGCAGCUGUAGGCGGGGCAUGCCUAAAUUGGCUGACCUAUCAGUGAAGACUAAGGAUGUAUGGGAAAUCCCACGCGAGUCACUCCAGCUCAUGAAGAAGCUGGGCAAUGGACAGUUUGGAGAAGUGUGGAUGGGCAUGUGGAAUGGCACCACUAAGGUGGCGGUGAAGACCCUGAAGCCAGGCACCAUGUCCCCCGAGGCCUUCCUGGACGAGGCUCAGAUCAUGAAGAGGCUCCGCCAUGAUAAGCUGGUGCAACUCUACGCAGUGGUCUCUGAAGAACCCAUCUACAUCAUCACUGAGUUUAUGAGCCAAGGGAGUUUGCUUGACUUCCUGAAAGAUGGAGAGGGUCGAAAUCUGAUCCUUCCUCAACUGGUAGACAUGGCAGCACAGAUCGCAGCAGGCAUGGCAUAUAUCGAGCGGAUGAACUACAUCCAUAGAGACUUGCGUGCAGCCAACAUCCUGGUUGGAGAGAGCCUAGUGUGUAAAAUUGCAGACUUUGGACUGGCGCGACUCAUUGAGGACAAUGAGUAUACAGCCAGACAGGGAGCGAAGUUCCCCAUCAAGUGGACGGCCCCAGAGGCAGCUCUCUAUGGGAAAUUCACCAUCAAAUCCGAUGUCUGGUCUUUUGGUAUCAUGCUCACCGAGCUCAUCACCAAGGGCCGUGUGCCAUACCCAGGCAUGAACAAUAGGGAGGUGCUGGAGCAGGUAGACCGUGGGUAUAGGAUGCCCUGUCCCAACGGCUGCCCUCCCUCACUGCACGAGCUGAUGGUCCAGUGCUGGAAGAAGGACGCAGAUGAGAGGCACACCUUCGAGCACCUUCAGGGAUUCCUAGAGGACUACUUCACUGCUACUGAGCCUCAGUACCAGCCCGGGGAGGACCUGUGACCCCACACACACACACACACAUACAUACAAAGACUCAUGCAAGCACAUCCAUACACAGACACACAACAAACACGUUGACCCACAUACACAGAACACACUGGCAAACAGUCUAUUCUAUUAGAUUGUAUUCUCAUUAUGAAUACAAAACAAUAUCAACAUGAAAUAUAAUAUGUAACAGUUAAAUUAUAUAUAGAAUGUAUGUUGCCACAGUCCUGAUAAAUCUGUACUGUUCUAUGAUUUUCCUUCUUCCCCUCUGUAACUCCUCCAGUUACACUCAAAUUCUUGUUUACAUACACAUACACUGACCCACUCAGUUGUUUGUGUGUAGAUAACAGUUUCACUCAGCCAGCCCUCUAGGUGGCACUGUGUUCUUUCUGCAGUAUUGUUUCAUACCAAGAUGCUGCAUGAUGUCAUUCUUUCAAUGUAGGUAUAUUGUUUGUAUAAUUGUCUUCUGCUUGUGGUAUUAACAUUCAAUUUUUUUAAAAUUCACUAUUGACAUUACGGUCAAGAGUGAUUUUGACUCCUGCUUUUCUACAUUUCUAACUUAAGACAGGUAUGUUUUGUUAUGCUUGUAUGUAGGAUUGCUGACGCUGGAACUUGUGAGCGCACAAACGAGAGCAUCACCAACGGUGUGGGACUGUGUCGCUAGUAGUCAGUGUUUUUGGUAUCCUUGGUGUUCAGUCUAUAAAGCUAGGCCUGAAUGACCGUGCCUGACCAAACUAUUUUUUGUAUUAUGCCACUUUGAAUCAAUGCCCGUAGAGUUUGUGUAGUGUGCACUUAAUGUGUUAUCAAUGUCCUUAGAGUUUGUGUAGUGUGCACUUUAUGUGUAGCAGCAGCUGAGGUAUUAAGCAUUUAAGGAUUAUUGUGUUGGAAACAGUAUGUGCAGCAUUUGUCACAUUCUUCAAGCUUAUGAUGCCUUUUUUUGUACUGUCACAAACUACCCUAUCAUCUUCUGAUUGUGCAAAUAAAACAACUACUCAGAGACCA